UGGCAAUUUGGUACCACCCGAAGUACACGUGGGAAGUUCAACACAUAGUAGAGGUUCAAGGAGUCUCUCUCGCAGGUUUCUACUGCGGCUUCCUUGCUCGGAUUUCUAUGUGCGUGUGCAUUGCGAUUCAAACUUAUUAACUGGUCUUUGUGCUGAUGAAAGGCGGAUAACUUGACAGUAUUUGUCGUCUUGGACCACUUGCGUCCAUUUAUCCGACAGUCCUCGUGUAGCUUAAUUGUGUUACUUUAUAGCAUGGCAGAUGAUGUAGAACAGUGUCGAGCAGCUUUGAAGAGAUGCCCCCACGGUGAUUCUGAUCGACCACAGUCUCUCAGCAAUCUUGCCAUCUGCCUUCGAGACAGAUUUAUGCAGCAGGGCAUCCCGUCUGACAUUGACGAGUCCAUUGAGCUCCACCGGGCUGCACUACUCCUUCAUCCCUCCGGCCAUUCUGAUCGGCCAAAGUCUCUCCACAAUCUUGCUGUCAGCCUUCAAGACAGAUUCACUAAGCAGGGCGUCCCAUCCGACCUUGAUGAGUGCAUUGAGCUAAAUCGGGCCGCACUACUCCUUCGUCCCCUUGGUCAUUUUGAUCGAUCACACUCUCUCAACAAUCUUGCUAAUAGCCUUCAAGACAAAUUCACUCAUCGGGGCGUCCUAUGUGACCUUGACGAGUCCAUCGAGCUUCAUCGGGCUGCACUACUCCUUCGUCCCCCCGGUCAUUCUGAUCGAUCACACACUCUUAACAAUCUUGCCGCCAGCCUCCAAGAUAGAUUCAAUCAGCGGGGUAUCCUGUCCGAUCUUGAUGAGUGCAUCGAGCUAAAUCGGGCUGCACUACUCCUUCGUCCUCCCGGUCAUUCUAGUCGUUCGCACAGCCUCAACAACCUUGCCAAUAGCCUCGGGAAUAGAUUCAAUCAGCGGGGCGUCCCGUCUGACCUUGAUGAAUGCAUCGAGCUCCAUCGAGCUGCACUACUCCUCCGUCCCGUUGGUCAUCCUGAUCGAUCACACUCUCUCCACAAUCUCGCCGUCAGCCUUCAAGAUAGAUUCACUCAGCAGGGCGUCCCGUCCGACCUUGAUGAGUGUAUCGAGCUAAAUCGGGCUGCACUACUCCUUCGUCCCCCCGGCCAUUCUGGUCGAUCACACACUCUCAACAAUCUUGCCAACAGCCUUGGGAACAGAUCCAGUCAGCGAGGCAUCCCAUCUGACCUUGAUGAGUGCAUCGAGCUGCAUCGGGCCGCACUACUCCUUCGUCCGCCCGGUCACCCUAAUCAAUCACACUCUCUCCACAAUCUUGCCAAUAGCCUUGGGAAUAGAUUCAAUCAGCGAGGCAUCUCGUCCGACCUUGAUGAGUGCAUCGAGCUAAAUCGAGCUGCACUACUCCUUCGCCCCCUUGGCCAUCCCGAUCGAUCGCACACUCUCAACAAUCUUGCCAACAGUCUUGGGAACAGAUUCAGUCAUCAGGGCGUCCCGUCCGACCUCGAUGAUUGCAUUGAGCUCCAUCGAGCCGCACUACUCCUUCGUCCACCCGGUCACCCUAAUCAAUCACACUCUCUCCACAAUCUCGCUGUCAGCCUUCGAGACAGAUUCACACUGCAGGGCAUCCCGUCUGACAUUGAUGAGUCCAUUGAGCUCCACCGGGCUGCACUACUCCUUCGUCCCUCCGGUCAUUCUGAUCGACCAAAGUCUCUCAACAAUCUCGCCAGCAGCCUUCGAGACAGAUUCACGCAGCGGGGCGUCUCAUCUGACCUUGAUGAGUCAAUCGAGCUAGAUCAGGCUGCACUACUCCUUUGUAGCCCAGAUCAUUCUAAUUGAUCAUGGUCUCUCCACCAUCUCGCCGAAAGCCUUUAAGGGAUUUGCGUGUACACCUUCUUCCUCCCGGCCAUUCUCUUCAGUCCUCAUCCUUGCCAACAGCCUUUGCAGAUU